CAAAAGAAGAAGAAGUAGAAGGAGGUGACGUCACUUGUCCAAACAAGUCGAUUUCCCGUGUCGAAAUUGACAUCUUUAUUUUGGCCCAAAAUGGCUGUGGCCAUGAGCUCCACAUGUCCAGGCCUGUACUGCGGCAGGAUCAUGAUCAAUGAAUCAGUCAUGGGAGAGUGUGGUGUUUGUCCUCGUGGAGAGCGGACAAAUCUGCAGAGGGUGUGUGAGCGCUGUUCAGAAUCCCCCGAGCUCUACGACUGGCUGUACCUGGGUUUCAUGGCCAUGUUACCACUGGUGCUACACUGGUUCUUCAUAGAGUGGUACUCUGGCAAGAAGAGCUCCAGUGCUUUGCUGCAGCACAUCACAGCCAUGCUGGAGUGCAGUGUGUCGGCUGUGGUCACCUUGCUAGUGAGCGAGCCGGUGGGGAUGUUCAGUAUCCGCUCAUGCCGUGUCCAGAUGCUGUCAGAUUGGUACACCAUGCUAUAUAAUCCCAGUCCGGACUACGUCACUACCUUACACUGCACACAGGAAGCUGUCUACCCACUGUACACCAUUGUGUUAAUCUACUAUGCAUUCUGCCUGGUGCUGAUGAUGCUGCUGCGCCCCCUGUUGGUCAAGAAAAUAGCAUGCGGUCUGGGGAAGUCUGAUCGCUUCAAAAGUAUCUACGCUGCUCUGUACUUCUUCCCCAUCCUCACUGUGCUCCAGGCUGUGGGAGGAGGGCUGCUGUACUAUGCGUUUCCCUACAUCAUCCUGGUGCUGUCACUGGUCACCCUGGCUGUUUACAUGUCUGCCUCCGAAAUACAGUCCUUCAAGAACCUGGUAGCUAAGAAGAAGCGCCUUGUUGUCCUCUUCAGCCAUUGGCUGCUCCAUGCUUACGGCAUCAUCUCUAUCUCCCGAUUGGACAAGCUGGAGCAAGACCUGCCGCUGCUGGCCCUGGUGCCCGGUCCUGCCCUGUUCUACAUAGCAACAGCCAAGUUCACAGAGCCCAGCCGCAUUUUGUCUGAUGGCGGCAAUGGACACUAAUCUCAUUUGAUGGGAAGUUUGACACAAGUCUUAUACUUUGCUGUGAGGGUCCAAAAUUAACACCAUUCUUUGUUUUGUUUUUUUUUUGGUUUGGCAGGUCAAUAAAUUGAGCUCCCCAGCCAGGCAGCCAGUAGAUAAUUUGGACUUACAGUGUUGGGCCAGGCUCACAUCGCUGCCUACCAGCUAGAGUGACCCUCUUUGUCCACCACACCUGCUGUGACAUCAGCCAGUCAGGGCAAAGCUGCUUAUAACUAUGUGGCGCUUUCUACACCACAACUAUUUUUUCUGUGGUGACAACAUUUCCGGUGUUAAGCCACCAAAAAGAAAAACCUGUACAUGUUGUCAUUGUCGUUCUUGCAGGAGGUGUCAUCUGAACGAUGCAGGAGCCUCGAAAGCAUGAAGCGGAAAAGUACAGGAUGUAAAUAAUGCAUGAUGCAGUUUUACAGCUCGCAACAAAUAUUUCUGGCUGUCUUUUUUUUUUUUUUUUUUUUUUUUUUUUCAGUUUACCUGCCAUUUACUGAUGAGCCAAAAAGUAAGAGUUAUGAAGAAUGAAAAUGCCAAAACUACAGUUAUGAUGAUGCCAGAUAAGUUAGAAGGCUGCUGCUCUUCACCAGUCAUCAUUGGUUACACACAGUGUCGUGGUCAGUGGUGUUUUAGGGCUUUAAUGGAUGGAGAAAUUGUGUCUAUAUUGCAUGAUUUAAACAUUUCCAUAGUUUGGUAUUGAAAAGAAAGCAUCGAUGCAGCCUUCUCACGACCCGCCUGCCUGUCUGCUCACACCCAGUUUGGAAAUCACUCAUGAUCUAACACUGUCUUUAAUGGAAGUGCAGUGCAUUCAUGUGGAAAAACUUCUGGAAGAAAAAAUGUUUUUUUUUUUUUUUUUUUUUCUGAAUUGAUAAGAUAAUUAUUUUAGAAUUCUGACAAAAGUUUUCAUGGAUUUUUUUUUAAUUACUGAGAAUUUUCUCAGAAUUCUCACCAUUAUCUCAUUAAUUCAGAGUUUUUCCCUUGUUUUUAUCUGUGGUAUUGACAGUUGGCAUUGUUAGCUAACUAAUUGGCCUAGAAUGUUGUUUAAGCAGCUCCAGUCAUGCAGUACUAAAAUUUAAAUGAGUGUAAUUUGAAAAACAAACAAACAAAAAACAAGCAUGUUAGCAGUGUAGGCCAUGCAUCCAUGCUGACAUGAUGUCAUACUACUGCAUCUGCUAGUUAAGAAUCCUUGUUCAAGCUUAAAUGGAAAAGGUGUCAGUGUUAAAUAUUGAAACAGGGUUUCCCUUUUUAUACAACCAUUAAAUGUAUUCCUCUGUAUAUCUCCCCUUAAAAUGCAUCCUCAUUCAGCCACGUCUCUUUCAGAGUGCAGUCAUGUGUUUCCAUGUACAACAACCAGGGUGAAGGAUAAAUAUCUAAGCAGGUGGUCUAGUAGGAUGAAUUGCACAUUUUUAUUCUUGUUUGCAGAUUUAUGUCAGUGUACAAAUGCGGUUAGUUGCUUGCUUUCAGGACAUCUUACUACAUGUCGAGAGUGUUAGAGGGGUGUUCUAGUCGGACAGAUGGGCCUUAUUUUGAGUGCAAUGAAUGAAAAGAUCCUGUGCCUGAAUCUAGAUGUGACUUGGGCUGGUCCAGACCAGCUGAGUAGAAGCUACCACUCACAUCAAGGCAUGGCCUUCUGAACAAUGUAUAAAUGUAAAUAUGUACAGUAUAUUUAUAUUUAUGUGCUUGUAAAUGUUGAAUGGUGUGCUCGGUGCUACCUGAGGUCUUUAAUUGUAAAUGUCAGAUGUGUUUUCUGGACUCCACUUUCCUUCAGCAACACUAAAAGCAAAUAUUGAUGGCAUGCCGGUACUGUCUGUAGAAAACUGAAGUGAAAUGAGAGCUCGCCUUCCUUCUCAUGGAGGCGUGAAGGGAGGUAAGGUCCGUACAAGGUAGUGUGCAUUUGCAGAAGAGGACUAGGGCUGUGUAAAAAUAAAACCAGUUCUGAGAUUAAUUACAGGUCAAAUUCCUUGCUUUAACUGCAGAAUUCUGAAAAAAAAAGUCAGAAUUUUGACUUGAAUAAGUCGCAUCAGACACUGAACUGCAUGUUCCAGCAGCUGUAGACACAAACUUUUUCAGCGCAUCGUUUUUAUCUCAAUCUGUUGUCAUCUAAGAGCAGGCAUGCUUGUUUCAGACUUCAUGUGCCAGACCCUGAUGUGCAAGUGAUGUCAUACAACACAAGGAAAUAAAACCUCAUGACUUGGUAAACUA